GAGGGAUGACUAAUGAAUUUAUGUUAUAGAAAACUUUUUCUUGAAUCAAACUCAUAGUAUUAUAUGACAAGAAUCUGCGGGCUUAACCAGAGAUUUUGGAUUCGAAUCCAGGCAUCUGAAUGCAACAUAGUCAAAUCGUUUGUGAAAAAGUUUUGCUGUCUAUUGUGAUCGUCUCCAAGUUAAGAAGCAACAUGUGAUUCAUGCUUUUUUGGAAGUAACUUGUUGUUUUCUUCUAUGAUGAUAAUGGGUGACGAGGCGCCACGUGGGGACAAAAUUAUGUUGGAGUGUAGCAUAUAAAUAUGAUAGUUCCAUUACUUCCAUAUAAUAUAUAUUCCCACCUUGGACAUGAGUUCCGGCCAUUUCAAGUAAGUUUAAAUCAAAUUCUCGUGAACACAGAUUGCAGCUGUAGAAAGAUCACCAUGGCUUUCAAUUAUACUACAAAGGAGCAAAAGAAAAUGGUAGACCAAUCCAUGUUACUGUGCUGCAAGUUCUUUAUAUCAGAAGGACGCAACAUAGCUACUCUUGAUGCAGUUGAACGAGCAGCCAGGUCGAACUCAGAAACCGUCAUUGUGAAUAAAUUUCAUGAUAGAACUUACAACAGGGCAAGGUACAAUCUUGUAUCGUAUGUUUUGCAUGAUUCCACGGGAAAUGUUAUAUACAGCCCCCUGCAUCAAACUGUGGUGGCCAUGGCUGAGGCUGCAUUCAACGCCAUCAACCUUGAAUUGCAAGACGGGGCUCACCCCCGUUUAGGUGCAGUUGAUGACAUUGUUUUCCAUCCACUUGCUCGUGCAUCAAUGGAUGAUGCCGCGUGGUUGGCAAAAGCUGUGGCGGCAGACAUUGGCAACCAGUUCAAUGUACCUGUAUUUCUUUAUGCUGCUGCACACCCAACAGGGAAACAACUUGAUACAAUAAGACGAGAGCUCGGAUAUUACCGGCCUAAUUUUAUGGGAAACCAAUGGGCAGGGUGGACUAUUCCUGAUAUCCUACCUCAAACACCAGACAAAGGUCCUAUGGUUGUUUCAAAAUCCAAAGGAAUCUCGACGAUCGGUGCGCAAUCUUGGGUCACACUCUAUAACGUACCACUCUUAUCGGGUGAUGUUUCAGCAGCAAAAAGGAUUGCCAGGAAGGUUAGCACUCGUGGUGGCGGACUUCCUAUGGUGCAAACACUCGGGAUUGUUUGCGGUGAUUCCACUGAAGUAGCUUGCAUGUUGUUGGAGCCUAACCGGAUUGGAGCUGAUAGGGUGCAGAGUUUGGUUGAGAUGUUGGCAGAACAAGAAGGAUUGGAUGUAGAAACAGGAUACUAUACUGACUUAUCUCCUGAAAUGAUAGUAGAACAAUACAUGAACCUAACUUCUGCUAAAAAAUCAUCACCAUAGCGAGUUAUUAAUUGGCAUUUGGCAUUGCAAUUCGGUAAAUUGAAAUAAGUUGUAAUUGCCUUAAUGGUUGGAUGGAAAAUCGAAGCAAGUACUUCAAUAAGUGUUGUUGUAAAUUACAUCUAACUUUGAAAAUUGUGUAUUAUUAACUAAUUGCUCAUCAUAAAUGUAUGGUUUACUAUAAGCAUACUUUUGUAUGCUUGAGCUAAAUUUCCCUUUC